AUGAAGAGUUUAAGGAGAGACUUGUCUGCCAACCCGCAGGCUGCAAAUGUUACCAGCAAGGUCUUCGUUAGGUCCACGAAAAGUGGAAAAGUGCAAAAGAUUGUCCGCGAGCUCUAUUUGAGAGAAGAUAUUCCUUGCUCUUCUAAGCUCUGCUCACAAUGCCCGACCAUUGCGCCGGCUGAUGCCAAUGGAAACAUUGCGCCGUUCAUCCUAUCCGAUCGCCCCGCCGGCACAACGGCAUUCCCGCGAGGCCACUAUCUUGUUCCAGAUACAAAUGCGCUACUUAACGGAAUGGAUCUUUUCGAGCACACUGGGGCCUUUUACGAUGUGAUUGUCCUCCAGACCGUCCUCGAGGAAUUGAGAAACCGAUCACUACCACUUUACAACCGUCUUCUGGCCCUCGUCAAGUCAGAUGAAAAACGCUUCUACCUCUUUUUCAAUGAGUUCCGCCGAGAGACUCAUGUUCGGAGAGGUCCGGAGGAAACAAUCAACGAUAGGAACGAUCGCGCUGUGCGCUUGGUAGCAAGCUGGUACAGUUCCCACCUGCAACAAUCUGCGAAAAAGGGAAAGAAGGAGAAGGCGAUUCCGGCGAUUGUGGUCAUCACUGAUGACAAGGAGAACCUUCGAAAAUGCAAGGAAGAAAAUGUGGCAGCCUUGUCGCUAUCCGACUAUGUCUCCGGUUUGGAGGGGUCCGAAAUGUUGUUGGAUAUGAUCAGCGAGUCAAAGGAUGCGCGAGAAUCCAGAGAAACAAAUCGCGGGGAACUAUUCUACCCCGAAUACUUCUCAAUGUCAAAACUCACGACUGGUCUGCGAGCCGGGACAUUGCACCAAGGAGUGUUCAAUGUUUCUCCUUACAACUACCUGGAAGCCUCCGUCAAGACCGCAGCUUUCGAUAAACCUCUUCUCAUUCUGGGCCGUGAUAACAGUAACCGCGCUAUUGCAGGUGAUUCUGUCGUGGUCGAAGUACUACCACAGGAUCAGUGGAAGAGCCCUUCGACUAAGAUUGUGGAUGAGGAAGCUGUGACCCGUAAUGAUAACCCCGAUACUGAGGAGACCGAAGCUGUGGUGACGGACCGAGAACGUAAAGCUCUCCAGGAAGAAGUCAAAAAAGCCCAUGGCAAGAACUCGGAUGGCAAGCCACAACCUACUGCCAAGGUUGUGGGUGUGAUCAAGCGCAGCUGGCGUCAAUACGUUGGCCACGUUGACUCGAAUUCCACUGGCUCACAGGCCUCUGGUAGACGGCAACAAAAUGUUUUCUUACUGCCCAUGGACAAGCGUAUCCCGAAGAUCAGAGUACGCACAAGACAGGCUAGUGAGAUUCUCGGCCAGCGUAUUCUUGUCACCAUCGAUUCUUGGGACCGCGAUUCGAGAUACCCCACCGGUCACUUCAUUCGCUCUCUGGGAGAGCUUGAAACCAAGGGCGCCGAAACCGAGGCCCUAUUGCUUGAAUAUGACGUGCAGUACAAGCCGUUCCCGAAGUCUGUACUGGACUGCCUUCCAUCUGAAGGACAUGAUUGGAAGGUUCCUGUCUCGAAAGAAGACAAGGGCUGGAACGGCCGGAAAGAUCUUCGAGACUUGCUUAUUUGUAGUAUUGAUCCACCCGGCUGUCAGGAUAUUGACGACGCCCUUCACGCGCGUCUCCUGCCGAAUGGAAACUAUGAGGUCGGUGUCCACAUUGCAGAUGUGUCGCAUUUCGUUAAGCCCAACAACCCAAUGGAUCUCGAGGCCAGUGUACGCGGAACCACCGUUUACCUCGUCGACAAGCGUAUCGACAUGCUCCCGCAUCUUCUUGGUACAGAUCUGUGCUCGCUCAAGCCCUAUGUUGAACGAUAUGCCUUCUCAGUUCUGUGGGAGAUAACACCUGAUGCCGAUAUAGUGUCUUCCAAUUUCACCAAAUCGGUCAUUCGCUCCCGGGAAGCAUUCAGUUACGAGCAAGCUCAGUUACGUAUUGACGACAAAUCACAGCAGGAUGAGCUGACUGAAAGCAUGCGCACCCUCUUGAAAUUCUCCAAGGUUCUUCGUCAGAAGCGUAUGGACGCUGGUGCCUUGAACCUUGCCUCCCCGGAAGUCCGCAUUGAGAGCGAGGGCGACGAAGUGGGCGAUCCUUUGACGGAUGUCAAGACCAAGGCUAUGCUUGACACCAAUAGCUUGGUCGAGGAGUUCAUGCUUCUCGCGAAUAUCACUGUUGGCUCGAAGGUCUACGAGUCCUUUUCUCAGACUGCCUUGCUACGUCGACACGCCACUCCCCCGCCUCAGAAUUUCGAGGACCUUCAAAACCAACUGUCGAAGAAGCGGAACAUGGAGCUUGAUGUUUCCAGCUCGCGAGCUCUGGCUGAUUCCUUGGACCGCUGUGUUGAUCCCAAGAACCCAUUCUUCAACACCCUGGUCCGUAUCUUGGCGACUCGCUGCAUGACCUCUGCCGAAUACUUCUGCGCUGGUGCCUUUGCUGAAUCUGAAUUCCGUCAUUACGGUCUCGCCUCACCCAUCUACACCCACUUUACUUCACCCAUUCGACGAUAUGCCGAUUUGAUGGUUCACCGACAAUUAGCUUCUGCCAUUGGGUAUGAAGGCGAGGAUGGACACGCAGUCAUCGAGGGUGUCAGCACCCGCAACAAGCUAGAGGACAUCUGCCGGAACAUCAACGUUCGUCACCGCAACGCACAGCAUGCCGGCCGCGCUAGUAUUGAAUACUACGUGGGUCAGGCCUUGAAGGCCCGCGGAGAGAAGAUGGCCGCUGACGGUGUUGAUGCGGGUAUUGAAGAAGAGGGAUACGUGAUGCGUGUGUUCGAGAAUGGUGUUGUCAUCUUCGUUCCCCGCUUCGGUAUUGAAGGUGUUGUUCGUCUGGAGGACUUCGUCCUGCCCGGUGAAUCUGGAGCUCGUUCUGUUGCCGAGAGACGGGAGCUAGCUCCUCACCGCACCACGGAGUUUGAUAGCGAUGAAUACACCCUUCGUGUCGAAGAGAAGGGUCACCCAGAGAAGGAACGCAGUGUGACUGUUGAACUCUUCCAGAAGGUUCGUGUCAAUGUCAGCUCCGUUAAGGAGGAAGGCCGUGGCGCCGGCAAGAGAAGGGUCCGGAUUCUGGUUACGGAGGCAUGA